AAAUUUAUUUGCGAACUAGUAAAUUUUUAUUUUCCUUUUGAAUGUUGAUUGUAUUACAUUUGAGAGAAACAGCAGCCUUUAUAUUUUACUGCUUAAUAUUUUACUCUUGUUGAAAUGUGACAAUUCGCGUGAAAUUUUAACUGUAAUCAAAACAUCAACCUACUUUGUUCCUGUUGACCUGCCUCUACUGCGGUUUUUUUAAAAAGGUUAUAGCCGCAACUUUAACGCCUACCUCCAGCUUUAGCCUGAUCACUGCCAAGUAUUCCGCCCCGCGUACUAGAUGUCGCCAUGCUAAAGAAGUUCCGUGCUAGUGUAAAGAAGAAGAAUAGAGUCCAUAGAAAAAGCUGCUGGUGUACGUGACAUCGUCUGAGAAGUAGAAGUAGCACAAUGAGUCAAUCGCCAGAUGAGGCCCGCGCGGCCAGAAUACAGAAAUAUAAGGAAGAGAGACGAAAGCAGCUGAUGGCUAGAACAGCUACGCUUUUCUCUGCUAAUGUUACCGAACGGCGGCCUAAGAAAGCGACGAAUCGAAGCCCAUCAGAAAAAACUGCAAGUAACCUCAAGUCUUCUUCAGAAAUAAAUCUUAAUACGGCGACAACAUCUCUGCCUAUUAGGACAACAAGAACAUCUCGUCUUAGAGCAGCCGCAGCGAAUGUGGACUCCUCCACGUCUCCAAAGAAAACUAACAACAGAAGCUCAUCUGCCAAUUCGUUAAUGGAAGACGAUAAAACAUCGAAAAAUUCCAAAGUAAUCGAAAGGGAUAAAGUUCGAACCAAUAAUAGAAGACAGAGCAACGAAAAAGAAAAUUUAAAAAGCAUGGCGACUACGACUUGCGUUUUAGACAAAGAAAUUGGUGCUAUUAGAACGAAACUUAAACAUUCCAUUAAUAAAAAUAUAUUAGCGAAAGACAAAAGUAAUUUUAUAGUCACUAGUCCUAAAGGAAAAACUGUCGAUGAAAAAAAUAGUCCAAAUAAUGAUGAAAAGAAAUCUUCGACUGAUGAUAACGUAGUUAAUAUAAUAGAUGAUGAAAAACAUGAAAACGUCGACGAAAUAUUUAAUAAUAUACUAGGCGAUAAAACUCUUUCGACGAGUAUGGAGAAAGAGACGUUUGAAAAUUUAUUUAAUGAUAUUGUAGUUGGAAACAAUAUUAAAGAUAGAAAUGUUGAAAUAAGCAUCAACAACGAAGCCUUAGAUACAAAUAUCUUGUCUCAACAAAGGGAGCUCAAAAAUAAUCAAAAAAAUUCUCACAUUCCAAUUGUUAAAGAAACGAAGAUUGUUCAUAAAAAUGAUAGCUAUGUGAAUUUAGAAGAAAGAUGUGUUGUGCCAAAAGUGAAAAGCGCAGAUGUAGGAGGACUGUUGGGGGCGGUGUGUGUGCGUAAAGUAGAAAGGUUUAGUGAAUUGCUCAGUAAUUUAUGUUCCCCUUGUGAAGCAGAUCUGUUAUUUGAAGACAUCUUGGUUGAAAAUGGAAUCAAUGAUUGUCCGCCGCGUACAAAGGGUCCGGAAUGCACGCCGCCAUGCCGGCGGGCGCAGCCGACCCCACGUGCCUCGAGCGCGAAACGUGUCGGGGGGUUGAAUCCCGUGCCUAGUGAUGGAGAUGGAACUGUGGCCAAAACCAAAAACCGAAGAUCCAUCGAAAUACUUCAUACCAAGUCUGAAAACUCAUUACCGUCUUCCAAAGUAUCUCCUAAACAUACUACCAAUAUAACAUAUACAAAAUACGCUUCAAACAAAUCUCCCUCGAAUAACUUAACCGAAAAUAAAACCAACGAAAAACGCCGUUCUAUUGAAAACGGCACAAAACCUAGUUGUAUCCCCUUGUCUAAAAAAUCCCCUGAAAAAUUAAGACGUCCUUCAAAGUCACCGAUAAAACAAGAAUCAAGUAAAGAUACUGCGUUAAAAUCAGAUAACAGAUCUAGACUGGAUUCAUCCAGAAUUAAGGCUUCUUUUAAAAGUCCAGAAAAAGUCAAAUGUGAUAGUGAUAAUAGCCGCAAUGCAAGAAGACAGCGAGCUCAAAAAGAAAGUGAAAAUUUUAGUGAAAAAUAUCACAAUUCAAAGAAAAGACUGACUAGUUUAGAUACUUCAUCGAAACAAACGAAUGACGCUAAAAACGAAUCUUCUAAAGUUGUACUGAGUGGUGACUCGUCUCUACAGUCUAAAUCAAAUUUUACUGGUGGCACUGAAAAAAUAAAAGAUAACGUUACUACAAUGUUUACACUACAUGAAUCAGUUAGGCCGCAUUCUAGCAAUUCCAGGCUUUCUCAAGAAAUGGACAGCCUAGCUGCACUAACGAAACAAACGUUAGAUAGGGUUAAUAAAUUGUCAAAUAACUUAACUAGUAAUAAGAUAAAUUUGAAAAUUCCUGAACCAAGUUGCGAUACCUUGUUUGGAACUGAACAUCAAAAUAAUAAUCACACUUAUAACUAUGGUCUUGUUAAUGACAGGCCAAUUCACAAUCGAGGUGUUACAGAAAGAUUGAAAGAUAUCGACACAGCUGCUCAACGGUUAAUAGACUUUGAAAAGCAAAAUGCUAUGUUUUCUGAUCUCGAUAAGGACAUAUCUAGUCAAAAUCGUCGUUUCGAUAAUUCAACGUUAUCAUAUCAUACGCCAGUUUCGAUUUUAAAGCGAAAAUCUAUACAUGAAGAUAGCACAAUUGUAAAUACUCCGAGUAAUGCCAUUGCUUCGCCGCCAGUUACAUUCUCGCCUAAUGUAGUUGAACCACGAAAUUGUCGUUCAGAAAAUCGUCAAAGACAGGGUAUACUAAAAAAACGGCGAAGCUUAGAUGAGUCUCAAGUUGCAAGAAGGCGUUCCUGUAGUCCAGAAGUGUCCUUCGCAGAUGACGGUACCUCGGAUAUUAACAAACCAAUCUUAAAGAACAGGAGGUCGUCCUUGGAAGACGUCGUAAGAAAUAGAUCUCCUGAUGGUCAAAUUCAAGGAAUUCUAAAACGAAAACUAAGCCGUGAAGAGGAACUAACUAAUGAUGAAUUAUCCCAUAGUUCCCCUGAGCCGCAUAGUAUUCUGAAACGAAAAUCUAAUUCAAGUUCAAGUAGCAGUACCACUUCAUCUCAUGUAUCUAUUGCUCAAGCUGUACUUUUAGCAGCCGCAGGCGGUGCAGAGAUAGUUGAAGAGGAAAAGGAAAUAGUUAGACCUAUUUUAAAGAAAAAAAGUUUUUCUGAAGAACGACCGUGCCCAGAAAUUUUACCUUCAGAAACGCCCAAGCCGAUUUUAAAGAAAAAGUCAAUAGAGCACGAAGAUUACGAUUUCGAUAUGCCGAAAAAACCAAUACUCAAAAUUUCUAAAAAAAUUUCAGGCGACGAAGGCCACGCUUCUAGUUUCGAUUUGAGCGAAGACGACAGAAGUUCUCGGAGACCUUCUCUCCUCAGAUCCAAGACAUCGGAUCAUUCCGGCUCAGAAUGUGAGACCACCGUUAAACCCAUUUUAAAGCAAAGAGGUUCCAGUCUCACGAGAGAUCGCAGUCAAUCUCCACGGCCGAGACUAUCGUUUUGUGCUGAAAACGAUAGUAAUAUUUGCGAUACCAAUUUUUCUGCCAAUGCCAGUGAUCUGUCGACGGCGGGACCGCGACGAAUUUUGAAUAUUACGCCCGACCAAGAGGAAAACUAUCCUAGUGCUGUUAUUCGCCGAAGGAACUUAAGACCUAAAGUAAACCCCCGCUCUAUGAGUUUAUUAUGCGAUGUUAAUGAUGAACUGCUGUCCAUUCUAAAUAAUCGUAGACUAAAAGUGGACGAAAAUUGUCAACAAAAUAAAAACAAAACUUGGGAUGAUAACAACAUAAAUGAUAAUUCAACAAACAAGAAUUUCCCAUCCAUCGCAUCUAGAAUAAAGACAAUGGAGCAAGCUUUAACUAAGGAAAUGUUUAUGCGAGAUCAACCCUCGACGUCGAAACAGAAAUCACGCGACAAGGAGCGCUUCAAAACUCAGCCCGUCACUAUAGACGAGAUGAGGUCUAUCACUUCAAGCUUGGAGCCGAGCCAAGCGAGUUUCCAAGCGUACGGCCCAGCGGCCUGUAGUUUUCCGAGUCGACCCGUCGAGUCCGGUGCUGCUUUCUCGCCCGAGGGCCUCUGUGCGGAAGAACCCGAGAGAGAUCCCUUCGCGGACUUAGAUUCACCCCCAUUCGGAGCGACAUCCUUUAAAAUUAAAAUACCGUCGGAAAUUUUGUCGCCGGUAGGCGUGAGCGAAGAGGAUCGUUACGGCGAAGCCACGUUCCUCGACCACGAAAACAUAACUGAAGAUCGUGAAGCUCAUCAUCGAUCCCUUGAGGAGAUAGAGCAGGAAGUGGACAAGGUUCGCGUGGCGCUGGACGAGGAUAGCCGCGCGCUAGACGAAGACGAACGGCAGCAGGAGGCGGACAACUGGAGCCUAAAUGUGUCCUGCGACAGCGGCGUGUACAACCGAGCGUCGUCCAGGGACUCCGGCCCGCAAUCUGGAGAGGAACUGGGUUUGAUCGAAAGUCAAGAAAUAAGAGAGAAUCAUACGACGAACAGUAGCAGUAACGAUUGGUCUUCGGCGUCCAUUGAGCGGGAACUUAUCACGAUGGACAGGGAGAGAAAGUCUACUGAGACCGAAGCCGUAAGAAGUCCUGAGGACAGAGGGAGUGAUGAAGACAAUGCAGACAAUGAUGACCACAGCGGGUUUGCGCUCGGUUUGGUCAAGAGCAACAGUGUGGUCGCUCGCGCCAGCAUGUGGCAACAGUUGCAACAACAAGCUAAAGGCACUCCUAAACCUUUACUUCGUCACAGCCGCUCAAAGUUGAAGGAUAGUCCUUCGAUAAUGGACAGGUUCAAGACCCAGCCCAUUCUGCCCUCGGAGAACGAUACUGAGCCUCCCAACGAGCAAUUGCCCCUCGCCCAGUCCAAGAGCACCGCCAACGUGUUAGACAGAGAUGAAGAUGCUAAGUUAGAUGAAGACGAUCCGGCGAAGAUGUCCCUGGCAGAGAAGAUGAGGAUGUUCAAUGCGAAGCUAACGCACAAGCCGCCCAUGGCGGGCCUGCCUCGCCCCAGGGAGGAGAGAGUGCCGAGAGCCUCCCGCCUCAGGACGAUGCCGGUGUUAGCUAGUCAAGUACAAGAGGCCUUGGAACAGAACGAGCGACUGAGCAAGUCGCUGACGCACGAGGACAUGCCGCGUACUAAUGACUUUCAACUCAAAAUGGAACUGUUCCGUUCUGCGAGCGCGCGCAACACUUCUUUAGAAUUUCUCAUGCGCCAGAACUCAAAGUUUAGAAGCUUAGACCUGGACGACAGUCCGCCAUCGGAACGCGCACAGAGAAUGAUAACACCCGAAGUCCGAGGUAUCUUAAAGUCGGGCUCCACAGUUGUACCUGCGAGACCCAAGACCUUGGCCAAGGGGGAGAGCUCUGAGGGUUUAAAAGACGAAGGUAUCGACAGUUCAUCGGAUGAUGAAUCAUCAGCAUCUAGUGUCUCUUCAUCAGAGAAAAGCUGCUCCUCAUCGGAUAGUUCCGAAGAUGCCCCCGACCCAAAGCCGAGGCCAAGGUUCCAACGUAAAAACAAUAAACUAAAAUCAUCAAGAACCGACUCUGAUCUCGUCAGAACGUUACAAGAACCUUAUCCUCGUAAAAUACAACUACCAGGUGCUAAUGAAUUGAAAGAGAGAUUAAAUCAAGUGAAAAAUGUAGAUGGAAUCCCUUUAUUAGGGAAGUUAGGACGACGGCCUACUGAAGAUGUUAACGAAGACGAUGAUAAGAAUGGGAGGUGCAGACGCUUCGUGAAAAAAGUCGACGAGCCAAUACAAUUGGGUAAAUUACGUCGGCCCGUGGAGAAAACUUUGAAUCAAGUGGUCGAUGAAAAGCCGCCGGUACUCAAAAUAACGGCUUUGAAUCAAGCAGCGAAGAGUAAAUUCUUCGGAGUUGAUUCUGGGAAGAAAGAAAAAAGUAUAGAAGAAUUGACUGCAGCUGUACGAAAGUACAUUCCACCUGUGAACAAGUCGAUGUCGAUACACACAAUGGAGAUGGGCGGGUCAGGCAGCGAUGGUGAGAGCAGCGGCGGCCGCGAGGUGCGACACAUCAACACCAGGAUGCGCCACAGGGCGGCUGGCGGCGUGCAGAGAAGUGCUACGCAUGCCGAGAUGCCGCACCGAGGGGGCACCAUCGCAGAAAGAUUGGCCGCACUGCAGGCGGCGGGCGCGAACGAUUGGCGCGCGCGCGUCUGCCGGCUGAGCCCCGAACGCGACGACACCAAGGCUAUCGAACGCGCCAAGAACCGCAUCAAUGAAUCUCUUAAUUCAGUGGAUGACAAAAAGAAAGUGCACAUAGAUGAGAAUGAAUUGGGCCCCAACAUCUUGGCUGAUAGAAGAAACAAAUUAGAAACCGCUGCACAAGGUUGGCGCAAACGGGUGCCGCAGAGCGAUGCGUCGUUGUUCACGGUGGCGGGCCGGCUGGAGCGGGACAAGGUGGCCACGCCGCCCGCCGCACCACCCGCGCCUCCCGUGCCGCAGAUCGCACCCGGCACACCCACCGCACCCACCACACCCGUCGCACCCGCCGCACCCGUCACACCCGGCAUUCCGGCGCCCAAUAAGUUUAGAUCUCGCAAAGCGGUGGCGUCGCCGACGAACGGGUUUGCUAGUGGGCCGCUGAGGUCGGCCUCGUGUGCGGUGGUGCAGGCGAGCGCAGAAGCGCCGCCGCCCCGCGACCGCGAGCCCUUCAAGCGCAGUCAUUCCGUCAGCGAGAGCAUCAGCAGGCUAGAUGAGAGUGAUGAAUCUCCGGGUGCGGAGAAGUCUGGCAGUGCUGUGCGUAUACCGAAGGCGGACGACGAAAGUUUCCAGGCGUUCUUCGCGCCGCUGCAGCAGAGCGCAGCGCCCGCUGACGCCGCGGACCUAGAUCUGGACCUCGACGCAAUCGACAGCGCCUCCAGGCAACUUCUGUCGAGCGAGUGCGCGCGACGUGCGAAGCGCGAGCGGAGACGUGCGGCGUCGCGCAACCCGCUGCGGGCGCUGGCGGCGCGCACAGACCUGCGCCAGGAGUACCUCGCACAGCCCUGCACGCUGCGAGACCAGCUUAUCAAGGAGAAGGCGACAGCCAACUGUGGCUUAGCAGCGGAAGCGCUGGCCGCGCUCGCCAGCAAGGAGGACUUCUCCAGCGUGGCGCUGCGCAGUGCUGCCUCCAGCGCGCCCAGCCACGGCACCAAGCCCCUCAUGCUGCUCCAUGUCAAGGGCAGGAGACGAGUGCAGACGAGACUAGUAGAGCCUGUACACUCGAACGUGAACCGCGGCGACUGUUUCCUGCUCGUCACACCCGACCAAGUGUUCUUGUAUAUUGGACUCUAUGCUAAUGUCAUCGAGAGAAAUCGAAGUACAGAUAUCGCAUUGCAUAUCUUCAACACGAAAGAUCUCGGCUGCAAGAACUCGACGGGCGUGAUCAAGAUCGACGAGCAGACCAAGAACUACUCCAACAAGCAGUGGAUCCAAUUCUGGUCACUUCUCGGCGUCUCCGAGGACGUGGAGAGCUACCGGCCCGCGGAGGCCGGACACGCGGACGAGGACGAGAUAUACGAGUCCUGCAUCGUGCAGACCAACAUGUGCUACGAAGUGAUCGACGAUGAGUUGGUGCCCAUCAAGGAGUACUGGGGCCAGGUGCCGAGGAUCGCCAUGCUCAGCCUGUCCAAGAUUAUCGUCUUCGACUUCGGCUCCGAAAUGUACAUAUGGUACGGAAAGAACGUACCCCUCGAGAGCAGACGUCGCGCAGCGCAGCUCGCACAGGAACUCUUCAACGACGGAUACAACUACGAGGAGUGUCACGUCAACCCAUUGAAUGCCGCCGUCUACCAAGGCCUGAGGGACGACUCCGGCCCGCUCCUCAAGUCAUCACAAUCCAGACCCGAGUGGGCGAUACUCUCCAAAGUUACGCAGCACAUGGAAACCAUAUUAUUCAAGGAGAAGUUCCUCGACUGGCCCGACUAUACGAGAGUGAUCAAGGUGAAGCCGCAGGAGAAUAAAUCGAACGGCGUCGAGAUCAACCCCUGCGACGCCGAGGAGAUGUGGUCCAACGAGUACCAGGAGCCCGAUCUCGUGCUGGAGGGCUCCCACCUCGGUCGCGGCACUCACUACUACGACAAGGACUCCAUGAGACACUACGACAUCAAGACCAAGUCCGUAUGCAAGUGGCUCAUACAGGAGUACGACUACCAGAAAGUCGAGAACGAUGCUGAAAUCGGCGAGUUCUUCUCGGCAGACAGCUACAUCAUCAGGUGGGAGUACCAGAUCACCGUCACCGGACGAGAACUGAACGGGAAACCUUCCAAGCACAAUCUCACGGGAAGGGAUCGAUGCGCCUACUUCUGUUGGCAAGGGCGCGACGCUUCCUCCAACGAGAAGGGCGCCGCGGCCCUGCUGACCGUCGAGCUCGACAAGGAGCGAGGGCCGCAGGUGAGGGUGGCCCAGGGGGCGGAGCCGCCCGCAUUCCUCAACCUCUUCCAGGGCAACUUGAUAAUCCACCAGGGCAAGAGGGGCACAGACAAGAGUCGGUACAAGUUGUUCGUGACGCGCGGCAACGUCGCCAACGAGGCCUAUCUGCUGCAAGUGCCGUGCUCCGUGCGUCAGCUGCGCAGUCGAGGGUCGCUGCUGCUGGUCGACACGGAGAAGGGCGGCCUCUACAUAUGGCACGGCAGCAGGAGCCUCAAGCACACCAAGAGCGUCGCCAUCGAGCUCGCCAACAAGCUGAUCGCCCGCGAGUCGAACUACUUGUUCGGUGAGAACGCCUCGGACGUGAAGAUAACGGAGGUGAAGGAGGGGGAGGAGCCGCGGGAGGUGCUGGAGGCGCUGGGCGGCGCCAACAAGCAGUACUACAGCUCGGUGCUAGCUGGAGGCGCGCCCGCAGACGUCACAAUGCGCCUCUUCCACUUCACGGACCUGGGCGGUCAGUUCGAAGCCAACGAGGUCCUGUCGCCGCUGCGCCACGAGCACCUGGUGACACCCUUCCCUUUUGAACAAAAGGAGUUGUAUUCGGCUUCGCAACCCGCACUGUUCCUGGUGGACGACGGGCAGACGGUGUGGCUGUGGCAGGGCUGGUGGCCGCGCGGUGAGGACGGCGAGCUCGAGCCGGCCGAGAUCAAUGCCGGCGUGGGCGCGUUCGCAGCUCGUUGGCAGGCGCUGCGCGUGGCGGCGCUGCGCACGGCGCAGGCGUACGCGGCGUGCGCGGGGCGGAGCUCUGCGGGCGGGGGGCGGGGCGAGGACGUGCGCGUGGUGGCCGCCGGCCUGGAGCCCGCCGCCUUCGAGCACCUCUUCGACACCUGGCACGAGCACGACCAGGCCGCAGACGCCAACAUAGCGCACGGGUACAAGGCGGGCGAGGCGCGGUCGGGGCGCUGCGAGGUGUCGCGGCUGGCCUCGUGCGACGCCCUCCUGCCCCUGCCCGAGUUGCAGCGUCGCCCGUUGCCCGACCACGUGGACCCACACCACCUCGAGCGGCAUCUCGCCUCGCCCGACUUCAUCGAGGCUUUCGGCAUGACCAAAGAGGAGUUCGCAGCGCUACCCGCAUGGAAGCAGACCAAUAUGAAGAAGGACGUCGGUCUGUUUUGACCCCCCGGCCAGCAAGCCCCCCGCACCCCCCGCGCCCCCCGCACCCCCCGCGCUGCAUAAGCGUCCUCACUAUCCCGUAGUUGAUAAAUUUUUUGUACAAUCGCAGCUAUUUCGUACUUUUUUACUGAAUAAAGGAUUUGAUACAAUUAGUGUUUAAGUGCGCACGCUUUAAAUUUUAUAGCUGAAACGUUUUGUACUAAUUCUAAUGUAACUAUGUAUUCGUUCUCGUGAUAUUUUGUCAUUUAACCGCCGAAGGAUUAAUUUAAAGCGAAGUUUUUAUAGCGAACACGGAAUUGGAAGGAAUUGCGCGAAGAUAUCCGAUUGUUCCCGUCCGAAGCGUAUAUUUGUAUAUAGUUUUUUUAUUUAUUUUUUAUUAAGUUCUUUCUCUUUGUAAUCUUUAUUAACUACCCCCUGGUUUUUGUAUUAAUUUGUAACAUAUUUUUUAUAGGUUUCUAGUUUUAUCUUUAUGUUUUUAGCGUUACGGCGCAAGGACGGGAUCGUUGGAGAUAAAUUGUUGGUGAUAUUUUCCCAAUAUUUUCGGUGUUGCCACACUUGUCCGUUUUUAUGAUUUAUUGUACAACAGCUGUUGGCAACACCAAACUGGGAUGCAAUAGGGUUAACUAAAUCUGGUCAAAGUAUGAUUGUUGUCUGUACGGUCAGCAAAUAAGUUAAGAUGGGUAAGAGAUAUUUGAAAAUUUAAAAUGAAUUAAUUUUUUUUAAAUUAAACGCAACAGUGUAUUGUUAUCCGUACAUCUAGAUAUAAACUAAAUAAAAAUUUUAGAUUUUUUUUUAAAUUCUGAACCAACUCUUUUGCUGACCUUACAUCUCUAAGUAUACAAAACAAUAACUUCUACUGUUUUAUACGCUUUAGGGUAGGGCUUUUAUGUUCUGCGACUGAACAUUUAUACAAAUCGUAAGGAAUUUUAGUCUUUAUUACCAUUGCAGUUGGGUGUAUUUUUGUUUACGUGUUUGUAAAAAAUGUUGUCGCAGGGCUUCAGUAUUUUAACACAUCACAUAUCCUAACUCGUUAGCUACAUGUAAAGUUCGUUUAGUUGAUUGCGAACAUUGGACGUAGUUAUCAAAUCUACUUGCUGUUUUUUUAUGGAUAAUACUAGCUGUCGCCCGCGACUACGUC